AUCUGUUGCUUUAGGACACUGAUAUAGCAGAAUGCAGAGAAAGAACUUCACAGAAGUGGCAGAAUUCAUCUUCUUGGGAUUCUCCAUCUUUGGAAAUCACCAGAUAACCCUCUUUGUGGUUUUCCUCACCGCCUACAUUUUCACUCUGACUGGGAACAUCAUCGUCGUGACUGUCAUCUGCAUUGACCGUCACCUCCACACCCCCAUGUACUUCUUUCUGAGCAUGCUCUCUAGCUCAGAGACGAUGUACACACUGGUCAUCAUCCCACGAAUGCUUUCUGGUCUCAUUUUUUAUAACCAGCCUAUCUCUUUGGGAAGCUGUGCAACUCAGAUGUUCUUUUUUGUCAUCUUGGCUGCUAAUAAUUGCUUCUUGCUCACAGUAAUGGGCUAUGACCAUUAUGUGGCCAUCUGCAAGCCCCUGAGGUACACAGUCCUCAUGAACAAAGGAGUGUGUGCUAGGUUAGUCUGUGGGUCCUUUGGCACUGGUCUUGCUAUGGCAGUUCUCCAUGUAACGGCCAUGUUCAACUUGCCCUUCUGUGGCACCGUGGUGGACCACUUCUUCUGUGACAUUUACCCAGUCAUGAAACUUUCUUGUAUUGAUACCACUAUCAAUGAGAUCAUCAAUUAUGGUGUAAGUUCGUUUGUGAUUAUUGUGCCUGUUGUCCUGGUCUUCACCUCCUACAUCCUCAUCAUCUCUUCCAUCCUUAAGAUACCCUCAGCCGAGGGCCAGAAGAAGACCUUUGCCACAUGUGCCUCUCACCUCAUUGUGGUCGUUGUCCACUACGGCUGUGCCGCCAUUGCCUACCUCAAGCCCAAGUCAGAAAAUGCAAUUGAAAAAGAUCUUCUUCUCUCUGUGACCUACACCAUCAUCACUCCCAUGCUGAAUCCUGUUGUUUACAGUCUUAGGAACAAGGAGGUCAAGGAUGCCCUGCGUAGAGCUGUGGGCAGAAACAUUUCUUAACAGAUUGAAUUGUUUUGUCAGGAGACCUUUGGCUCAGUGUCAUGUGUCUACUCACAAACAUGCCAUGAU